UUGAAGGCAGCCUCGUGACGUCGACUGUUUUGCUUUACAUGGCGGGAUGCGGAGGCUUCCUAGCUAAAACAACUUCGUGACUUGGUGGUAAACUGGGCUUUUUAACAGUCUAAGAUGAAAUAUUAACGCUCAAAUGUUUGGUUAAGGCUUUUUGGAAGUCGUAAAAACAUUGCUAGUCUACCCUGUCUGCUUGCUAGCGUUAGCAAGGAAAGCAGUCCUCCUGGUUUGACAACUGACUGAAAGUUUGAAGAAGAUUAAGUUAAAUUUGUGCUAUGGAGAGCUCAUUGGUAAAAGACAACCCGCUGCUUUUACCUCUCAACAAGGACAAAACUAUCUAUGACGGAUUCAUCACAGUCCAGGAGAGAGACUUCAGAAUGAGAAUACAACUGCCACCAGAUCGCCAACUCAAAAAGGCCAAGCUGCACUGCUGUUGGCAGUUGAAACACCUGUUGCGUGGAUAUGAGCACGUAGUAAUGCAGAGGCUGCAGCAGUCGGCUGAUCUUGUCAGUUUCAUUCUGGAGCUGAAGACUGUCUUGGAAGUGGGCCUGAAGAGCCGUCCUGAGUGCCGCUCAGUCCCACCUCCACAGUAUUACUCCCAGCUCAUCUCUGAGAUGGAGACCCUUGGGUGGGACAAGCUGCUUUUCAUAGACACAGAGUUCCGCAUGUUGAGGCUGAAGGCGGAGGACUCUUCAGGAAGGCAGCACAUUCUCACUAUUAACCUCAAGACUAAGCACCCUGCAGAGGCUCCUGAAUGCACAGCUGACCUGCCAGUCCCUCUGGCCAUAACCUGGACACCACAGAGUACUCUGGUCCAGCUCCGCAGCCAGUUCCUGCUGGUUUUAGAGUCUCUGACCGACUUCUGGGACGUCCUGGACGAGAUCGACAGCAAGACUUGGAUUCUGGAGCCGGAAAAACCCAGCAGGUCCGACACCAUGAGGAGGAUCGCCAUCGGAAACAACGUAUCCAUCAAAGUGGAGGUGGAUCCCAGACACCCUAAGAUGCUGCCAGAGUGCUGCCUGCUGGGAGCCGAGCAUGUGGUGACUCCUCUGAGGAAUAAGCUGAACGCCAACAUGCACUUGUGGAACCCGGACUCCAGCGUCUUGCACAACCUCCGGGAUGUUUUGGAGAUCGAAUUCCCGUCACCUGCCACCCACGAAAAAUCUAGCUUCAACGUUGAGUGUGGGAUCUGUUACUCCUAUCGCCUUGAAGCUGCGAUCCCUGAUCAGGUGUGUAAUGACCCUCGCUGUGGCCAACCCUUCCACCAGGCCUGCCUGUAUGAGUGGCUGCGAGCGCUGCCCUCCAGCAGGCAGAGCUUCAACAUUGUUUUUGGAGAGUGUCCUUACUGCAGCAAGCCCAUUACUGUGAGAAUGGCGACCCAGAAGUCCUGAGAAGUGGCUUUAUGAGCCUGUCAGCUCCAUCUCAACUUUGGGGAAACGGCU